AUGACUACCCCACACAUCAUCGCCUCUUCCUCUUCUUCUCAUCCCGCUCAGUCCGCGUCCUCCAAUGGCAUCGUUGGCAACAACUAUCGGGUGGGGAAGAAAAUCGGUGAAGGCUCUUUUGGUGUCGUUUUUGAAGGCACAAAGAUAACCAACAGCUCGCCAGUGGCCAUCAAAUUCGAACCAAGAAAGUCAGAUGCGCCCCAGCUAAGGGACGAGUUUCGGUCGUACAGGACGUUGAAUGGAACGCCUGGUGUUCCACAAGUUCAUUAUUUUGGACAGGAGGGUUUGCACAACAUUCUUGUUAUUGAUCUUUUGGGUUUGAAUUUGGAGGAUUUGUUUGAUAUGUGCGGGAGGAAGUUUACAAUUAAGACUGUUUGUAUGGCUGCUAAGCAAAUGGUAACUCGUGUGCAGGCGAUUCACGAAAAGUCGUUGAUAUAUCGUGAUAUCAAACCAGACAAUUUUCUGAUUGGCGUUGCUGGGAGCAAGACAGCCAACACGAUCCAUAUCAUUGAUUUUGGUAUGGCGAAGCAUUAUCGUGACCCAAAGACCAAGGUUCACAUACCCUAUCGGGAACGCAAAUCUCUUUCCGGCACGGCACGUUAUAUGUCUAUCAACACUCACCUGGGGCGUGAGCAGUCGCGGCGUGAUGAUCUAGAGUCUUUGGGUCAUGUUUUCAUGUACUUUUUGAGGGGGGGUCUACCUUGGCAAGGCCUAAGGGCGGCAACGAACAAGCAGAAGUAUGAGAAGAUUGGUGAGAAGAAGCAAACGACGCCCAUUUCGGAGUUGUGUGAAGGAUUCCCCGAGGAAUUUACGAUAUACAUGAACUAUGUUCGGAAACUUGGAUUUGAAGAAACACCCGACUAUGACUUUCUUCGAGAAUUGUUCACAAAAGUGUUAAAGACACUUGGUGAACCAGAAGACGGAGUCUUUGACUGGAUGCUCCUAAAGGAC